AUGACAGAAAAGCUUGCAAGCAGAUUAGCAAUUCGGUUAGCAGCCAUAGUUGCCUGUAGGUUUGGGAAAAAUCAGGAGCCGUCUGUCUUUGACACCACAACAAAAGUCCCUCCUUUGCAGAAGAAUCUAUCGACCAUGUUAAGGAAAUGGGUGAAUGAUACCUUCGAUUUGGAUAUCUUGGAUAGCGAAACGCAAAAUGAUGGUCCAUAUCAUGCCCAAAGUCAUCUUCACAUUGCCGUCGACGAUUUCUAA